AUAAUAUUAAGUACGUAAAAAAGCAGAAAAAAUAAAAUAAAAAUGACGACAUCUCCAGUUAUUGAAAUCGUGAAGUUAGACGACGACGACAUGGAAGAAUAUCACGUGGUGACGCGUUUCGAAGACAUCACAGAACAGGACGACAAGAACCUCGCUGGCGCCAAAAAGGAGCAUAGGAACGACUUAACCGUCAUCAUCCCCGAAAACCCGUUUCCUGAAAUCGAGGUGGACGCUUAUCCGCCAUUAAAAUUCUCCUGGGUCAUCCCAAAAAAACUGGCAGCUAUGGCCUUUCCUCGAAAUAAGGAGAAUUUGAAGUUUUUAACUAACCAAGGUAUCACAACUCUGGUAACACUGACGGCGGGGAAAAAACCUCCUGUGGACGACAUCCCCAGGUUGAGGUGGACGGAGAUACCCAUUGAAGAGUUCGAACUACCCUCAAUAGAUCAAAUUAAGACGUUCAUUGACGUGUGUAAGCGAGCGGACAAGAAUGGAGAGGUGAUGGGCAUCCAUUGCAGACAGGGCCGCAGCCGCUCGGGCGUGCUGCUGGCCUGCUACCUGGUCCACUUCCACCGGUUCCUGCCCGACCAGGCCGUCAACGUCAUCCGGAUGAUCAGACCAGGUUCCUGCGACUUCCCUGAGCAUGAGGAUGUAGUGGGCAUGUAUUUCCAGCAUUUGUCUGAAGACAACCCACUGAAGUUCGGAGUAAGCGGUGAAGUUAUGGAGGAGUUCGUCGAAGCGGCUAAAGAGUGUACGCAAAAGACUGCCGCUUAGGUUAAGAACUUAAUAUUAAACGAAAAGACUAGUCAUUUUGUAUGUUAAUUUGAGGGUAGGUACAGGAAUACUUAAAAGUAAAAGAGUUGAAGAUGAAUUAUGAUGGAUAUUAAGCAUAUGUUUUAAGUUUACGCGGUUAUUAUCAUAAUUAAAGCACAUAAUAACGGGUUCUUACCGCGUUUAAAUGGGGAUAUGAGACUCCCGAUAUUUCGACACUGUUGCAAGUGCCAUGCGUCCCCAUUUAAACGCGGUAAGA